UGCCUAUAUUUCCCUGCAGGGCUGUGGUGGAGGCUGUGCAUCGACUUGACCUCAUCCUUUGCAACAAAACCGCUUAUCAAGAAGUGUUCAAACCAGAGAACAUUAGCCUGAGGAACAAGCUGCGUGAGCUCUGCGUCAAGCUUAUGUUCUUGCACCCGGUGGACUAUGGGAGGAAGGCUGAGGAGCUGCUGUGGAGAAAGGUGUACUACGAAGUUAUCCAGCUUAUCAAGACUAACAAAAAACAUAUCCACAGCCGGAGCACCUUGGAAUGUGCCUACAGGACACACCUGGUCGCUGGUAUUGGCUUCUACCAGCAUCUCCUUCUUUAUAUCCAGUCCCACUACCAGCUAGAACUGCAGUGCUGCAUCGACUGGACCCAUGUCACCGACCCCCUCAUAGGAUGCAAGAAGCCAGUGUCUGCCUCAGGGAAGGAGAUGGAUUGGGCCCAGAUGGCAUGCCACCGAUGUCUAGUGUACCUGGGGGAUUUGUCACGAUAUCAGAAUGAAUUAGCUGGCGUAGACACUGAGCUGCUAGCUGAGAGAUUUUACUACCAAGCCCUGUCAGUGGCUCCCCAGAUUGGAAUGCCCUUCAACCAGCUGGGCACCCUUGCCGGCAGCAAGUACUAUAAUGUGGAAGCCAUGUAUUGCUACCUGCGCUGCAUCCAGUCGGAAGUGUCCUUUGAGGGGGCCUAUGGGAACCUCAAGCGGCUGUAUGACAAGGCAGCCAAAAUGUACCACCAGCUGAAGAAGUGCGAGACUCGGAAGCUCUCUCCCAGCAAGAAGCGAUGUAAAGACAUUAAGAGGUUGCUGGUGAACUUUAUGUAUCUGCAAAGCCUCCUACAGCCCAAAAGCAGCUCUGUGGACUCAGAGCUGACAUCACUUUGCCAGUCAGUCCUGGAGGACUUCAACCUCUGUCUCUUCUACCUGCCCUCCUCACCCAACCUCAGCCUGGCCAGUGAGGAUGAGGAGGAGUAUGAGAGUGGAUAUGCUUUCCUCCCGGACCUUCUCAUCUUUCAAAUGGUCAUCAUCUGCCUUAUGGGUGUGCACAGCUUGAAGAGAGCAGGAUCCAAGCAGUACAGUGCAGCCAUUGCCUUCACCCUGGCCCUCUUCUCCCACCUUGUCAAUCAUGUCAACAUACGGCUGCAAGCUGAGCUGGAAGAGGGCGAGAAUCCCGUCCCGGCAUUCCAGAGUGAUGGCACAGAUGAACCAGAGUCCAAGGAACCCUUGGAGAAGGAGGAGGAGCCGGGUCCUGAGCCUCCUCCUGCAGCAUCUCAAGAUGGCGAGGUCAGAAAGAGCCGGAAGUUCUCCCGCCUCUCCUGCCUCCGCCGCCGGCGCCACCCACCCAAAGCUGGUGAUGACAGUGACCUGAGUGAAGGCUUUGACUCAGACUCAAGCCAUGACUCAGCCCGGGCCAGUGAGGGCUCAGACAGUGGCUCCGACAAGAGCCUCGAAGGUGGGGGAACGGCCUUUGAUGCCGAGACAGAUUCAGAAAUGAACAGUCAAGAGUCCCGAUCAGACCUGGAAGAUAUGGAGGACGAGGAAGGGACACGGUCCCCAGCCCUGGAGCCACCUCGGGCCAGGUCAGAGGCUCCUGAAUCCCUCAACGGCCCACUGGGCCCCAGUGAGGCCAGCAUUGCCAGCAAUCUACAAGCCAUGUCCACCCAGAUGUUCCAGACUAAACGCUGCUUCCGACUGGCCCCCACCUUCAGCAACCUGCUCCUCCAGCCCACCACCGAAGCUCCCACCUUGGCCAGCCGCAGGCCCUGUGUCAAUGGGGAUGUGGACAAGCCCUCAGAGCCAGCCUCUGAAGAGGGCUCUGAGUCGGAGGGAAGUGAGUCUAGUGGGCGCUCCUGUCGGAAUGAGCGCAGCAUCCAGGAGAAGCUGCAAGUCCUGAUGGCCGAAGGCCUGCUUCCUGCUGUGAAAGUCUUCCUGGACUGGCUACGGACUAACCCCGACCUCAUCAUUGUGUGUGCGCAGAGCUCUCAAAGUCUGUGGAACCGCCUGUCUGUGUUGCUUAAUCUGUUGCCAGCUGCUGGCGAACUCCAAGAGUCUGGCCUGGUCCUGUGUCCUGAGGUCCAGGAUCUUCUUGAAGGUUGUGAACUGCCUGACCUCCCGUCUAGCUUGCUGCUCCCAGAGGACAUGGCACUUCGCAACCUGCCUCCCCUGCGGGCUGCCCACAGACGCUUUAACUUUGACACGGAUCGGCUCUUGCUCAGCACCUCAGAGGAGACGGUCGUGCGCAUCUGCUGCAUUCGCAGCUUUGGCCACUUCGUUGCCCGCCUGCAAGGCAGCAUCCUGCAGUUCAACCCAGAGGUCGGCAUCUUCGUCAGCAUCGCCCAGUCUGAGCAGGAGAGCCUGCUGCAGCAGGCCCAGGCCCAGUUCCGCAUGGCACAGGAGGAAGCUCGGCGGAACAGGCUAAUGAGAGACAUGGCCCAGCUACGGCUUCAGCUCGAGGUCUCUCAGCUGGAAGGGAGCCUGCAGCAGCCCAAGGCCCAGUCAGCAAUGUCUCCCUACCUCGUCCCUGACACCCAAGCCCUUUGCCACCACCUCCCUGUCAUCCGCCAGCUGGCCACCAGUGGCCGCUUCAUUGUCAUCAUCCCAAGGACAGUGAUCGAUGGCCUGGAUUUGCUGAAGAAGGAACAUCCCGGGGCCCGGGAUGGGAUCCGAUACCUGGAGGCAGAGUUUAAAAAAGGGAACAGGUACAUUCGCUGCCAGAAAGAGGUGGGGAAGAGCUUUGAGCGGCAUAAGCUGAAGAGGCAGGAUGCAGAUGCCUGGACGCUCUAUAAGAUCCUGGACAGCUGCAAACAGCUGACUCUGGCCCAGGGGGCAGGUGAGGAGGACCCGAGUGGCAUGGUGACCAUCAUCACAGGCCUUCCACUGGACAACCCCAGCACGCUCUCAGGCCCUAUGCAGGCAGCCUUGCAGGCCGCUGCACAUGCCAGUGUGGACAUCAAGAAUGGGCAGGUGGCAGGCACGGGUGUCUGCGUUUCGUUGGAGUGGUUCCUGGACCUCUGA